UUCAAAAAAUAUUGUCGCCACGUUUCUUUAUCCUUUGGCAAGCUCGACAGGACGCAUGGUGCGCAUGAUGUAUGAUGCCUGUCGCGUCGGUACGUUUGUCAGUGUGUAUACGCCUGGACGGCUCUGGUUCUCCACUCAUGUGAAGGAGAGAUUCAUGUUCAGGCACCACUGUGCACGGCGUGAUGAGCACAUCUAUAUUGGCGACAAAUUGGUUAGCACCGGUGUGCUUCAGACUUGAAAAGGAUUUUACGUGUGUAUGGUUACUGGUGAUUAUUCUAUCACGAUUUGUUCCUCUCUUUAGACUUUUUCUUUAUUGGUGUUGGUGUAUGUUUAGACUUAGGGUACUUUAUACCACUUUUCGCAUUGUUUUCUCUAUGAAUUCAACCUUGCCUAAUUAUUACAUAUCUAUUUCGCUCCUGGUCGUGAAAAUGAAAUACAGUCCCUACUAUAAUGCAAAUAUUGCUUCGUGCUUGACACCGUGGUAACGCUACUUUGAUUUAUUCACGUAAAUGCCCCUUUCAAAAUCUUCAGUGUCGUAAAACUUUGGGAUAAUGGUGUUGCCGUUGAAAACGCGACCAUCUAAUUCAUUGACUGCCUAUU